GUGCCGUCGUUCGUCGCAGGGCUAGGCGUGCUGGCCAGUCACAGUCGCACACCACAAGGACCAGCCGCUGCGCAGACAGCAUCGUACGAUUAACAGUACGAUUAGCAGCAGACCGCGCCACUGCGCAGGCAUGGACGACAGCGACCGACGCGGGGGCGACGGGAUGGGUGCGACGGACGGCCUGGACGGCGACGCCCGCGUGCUCGACUUCCUCGACGACAAGCUGCAGACGGCCGGCGACCUGGACGCGCUGGACGAGCUGCUGGCGAGCAUCACCGCGCGCCACGGCCUGCUGAAGCAGCAGCUCGACGACGCCCGCCGCGACCUCGACGGCGCGCAGCACCGCCAGCAUGGCUACCACGACCGCCUGCAGACCACGGCGGCCGCCUUCCACAGCGCGCAGCACGACAUCGACCGCCGCCUGCUGGUCAUGACCGCCUCGGAGACGAGCGACGACGCCGUGCCGCGCUUCGAGGCCGCCCUGGGCACGCUGCAGCGCCUCGACGUUGCCAGCGGAUACAUUGAGCUGCUGCGCGACGUCGAUGCCCUCAGCACCCACGCGCAGGCCCAGCUGCAGACGUCGAGCGAGGCUGCUCUCGCGCCCUACCAGCAGCUGCGCGCGCUGCACACCCGCCUGCUCCAGCUGCAGCACGAGGCCGAAGGGGCCGCCCCGCAGCUGUUGCACCACGUCGCCCAGAUCACCCACGCCCUGCGCGCCCGCAUCCUCGAUGCUUUCGCCGCCGACCUCGACCGCGUCCUCAAGAAGCUGCACUGGCCCACCCCCAAGGCCAUCGUGCCGCCACAGCUGCGCGAGGAGUGGGAGACGGCCGUCGUGAAGCUGCUCGACCUGCAGAUGCCCGAGCUCGAGGGCAACGACUACGCCAAUGCGGCCGGAGACAAGAAGCUGCCACCUGUGCUCUUUCCCUUUGAAGUGCUGGUGCAGCCCCUCGAGAUGCGCUUCCGCUACCACUUCGAGGGUGCCAAGCCUACCAACCGCCUCGACCGGCCUGAGUACUUCCUCUCGCACGUCACAACCCUGCUAGAUGACUACAGUAACUUCGUGAGUGACUACAUGCAGCCCGUGCUGUUCAAGCACUUCCGCGGCACCGAUCUUGCCUUGAACCCUGUCUACAUUGAUGCCAUGUCUGCCUUCAUCACCGCGCUCCUGCCUGUGCUGCGGACCAAGAUCAGCUCGCUGCUGCCCAAGGUGGCGACCCAGCCGCAGCUCCUCAGCCACCUGAUGCACGAGAUCAUGAGCUUUGACUCCGCCAUCAGAGACACGUGGGCAUACGAUGGCGGCUAUGGCCUGAGCGGCUGGCACGGCCUGUCGUGGGAGUUCCUCGUCCAGGGCAAUUGGUUCGACCAGUGGCUGCGGGUUGAGAAAGAGUUCGCCUUGGGGCGUUACCAAAGCAUCGUAGAGGCCGACGAUUGGCGAGAUCUCGACUACGAAAGCGUUGACCCGAAAGCCACAAAGCCUACCAAAGGAGCGAUUCGUGUCAACGACUUGCUUGAAACGAUAACCGAUCGCUAUCGCCCCUUGACGUCCUUUAAGCACAAGCUGGCAUUCUUGAUCGACAUUCAGAUUGCCAUCUUCGACCAGUUUCAUGAGCGCCUGAACGAUAGCUUGGAGGCCUACCUCCGUAUGACCACUGCGCUGGGUCGCGCAAUGGGCGGUGUGAGCAGAGAGGAGCAGGAUAAGCUGCUUGGCAUUGAAGGGUUGGAGAGUCUAUGCAGGACCUAUGGCAGCGCCGACUACCUGGAAAAGGCGAUGCGCGAUUGGAGCGACGACGUCUUCUUCCUGGACAUUUGGGAGGAGCUGCAGGAUCGUGCCCAGCAUGGCGGCAGCAUAGGCACCCGCACCGUUGCAUCCGUCGCUGAACGCACCUCCAGAAACGUCGGUGCCAGCGAAGCCGACGCCUCAGACGCAGGCGGCCUCUUCGACGAGACGGCUUCGUGGUACGCGCGCCUGCGCGAACGCAGCGAACAAAUCAUCACCGAGACACUUGUUUCCAACGUGCGGGUGGCGCUGAAGCCGUAUCGUCAGAUCAACCCUUGGGCCACCCUCUCCACAUCCGGCGGAAAUAGCAAAGAUGUCAGCUCGACAGCCGAACUCGACCCACUCCUGUCCCAUCUCAGCACCACCCUGACCUUUCUGUCUCGUGUGCUGGCCCCGGCCCCGCUGCGUCGCAUCGCCAGGGCCGUCCUCGCCACCAUCAACACCACCCUCUUCGACACCGUCCUACGCGUCAGCUUCUCGACCCACGGCGCAGCCCAACUGAACGCCGACCUCGACGCCAUCCGCGCCGUCGUCGACGACAAGAUCGGCCCCGGCGUCGCCGCCCUCGGCCUGCGCAAGUGCCUCGAGGGCGCAACGCUCGUGGGGCUCCCCGUCAAGGGUGGCAAAACGUCCGACAACACCAGCCUCGCCGACGACGACGAUGGCGCUGAGGCCUGGGACGCAUGGGCCGCCGACGACGCUAACGCCGACGCGCGUAGCGAGCCGUCAGGGGCGGACCCGCAAAAAGAAACUGCCGCCCCCGACGCACUCGACGGUGCCAAGGAGCUGGGGCUGUGGGAGGUAGAGAAGCGGCUUUUCGCCGACAACGCAAGCGCGCGGGAGGUCCUCGAUGCGCUGGGCUUGGAGGUGCUGGACGAGAAGGAGGCGCGGCGCGUGCUGAGGCUGCGGGUGGAGCUUGCGGGGUGAGAUGGUGUCUGUAAAUGCGAAGACGAGAUGGAGACGACAAUCUUGGCGUCCUUGUGUGCAUGUGAUUUGCCCCUUCACGCGACGGCUGCGAGGAUAGAGUGAGGUCUUGC